AUGACUCUUGUUGAAGACUCUAAUCCAUUUGAUGAUGGUUAUGUUGCUCCAGAACCACAAGACAAAAGUAUGAGUUGUAGUCUUAAAGUUUUAGCAGUUAUUUCAACUGCAUUUGGUUUUAUUGGUGCUCUUAUUGUAUUCUUUAUGGAAAAGAAAAAUCAAUAUAUUAGACUUACUGCAUGUCAUAGUGCAUUUUGGCACAUUAUAUUAGAUAGUGUUCUUCUCAUUUUAUUGUUAUUAAUGUUUAUUAACAACUGGUUCUUCUAUACUAUCUUCGUUAUCUAUGCUAUUAUUUUCUUCUUGUUUUACAUAUUCCUUAUCGUUAUGGCAGUAUUUAGAUGUGAGUCUGGUGAUGCUUUCCUUGUUCCAGGUGUUUCUAAACUUGUUGAAUAUAUUGAAAGCAGACUUUAA